UUUCAUAUCCGGCAUUACGCUUUUGGGCACACCCACGGAAGUAUAUCUUUUCGGCACUCAAUAUCUCUAUAUUAUGGGUUCCUUGCUGAUAAUGGGUUUUGUGUUGUAUUACUUCUUCUUGCCGGUGUUUCACGAUCUCAAACUUAUAUCCACAUAUCAGUAUUUGGAAUCACGCUACGACAGGCGCAUGCGUCUAUUCGGCUCAGUGCUCUUCAUGUUCGGAUCGUUACUCUGGCUGCCGAUUGUCAUCUAUGUGCCCGCAUUGGCCUUUAACCAGGCUACAGGCAUUAAUAUACAUCUGGUAACACCGAUUGUUUGUUUGGUGUGCAUUUUUUACACUUGUGUAGGUGGCUUGAAAGCUGUUGUUUGGACAGAUGUUGUGCAAACGCUCAUCAUGUUUGGCGCCAUGCUCUUAAUUAUUGUCAAAGGUACCAUUGAUGUGGGUGGUUUUGGUGCUGUUUAUCAGAAAGCUAAGGAAAGCGGACGCAUUGAGUCGCCGAACUUCACCUUUGACCUCACCGAACGCUAUACAGUCUAUUCGCUCUUCAUUGGCGGCGUCGCUCAUUGGCUCAAAUCGAAUGCCAUUAGCCAGAAUAUGAUUCAACGUUAUCUCUCGCUACCGAAUAUGAAAUCGGCGCGCACAGCUGUUUGUAUCUUCAUUUGCGGCGUGUUAACAUUUAUUUGCCUUUGCGGCUAUAGCGGCCUACUGAUCUAUGCGACUUAUCACGAUUGUGAUCCGCUGCAAACGAAGCUCGCCAAGCGUAAUGACCAACUACUACCGCUACUUGUCAUGGAGAUACUGGGCGAAUAUCCUGGCUUGCCUGGUCUCUUUGUGGCUGGCGUCUUUAGCGCUGCGCUCUCAUCACUCUCCACUGGCUUGAACUCUAUGUCAGCGGUAAUGCUCGAGGACUUCUUCAAAUCAUUUGCCAAGAAGCCGCUUACUGAGCGACAGACGGCGCUAAUCAUGCGUUUUGUUGUGAUAAUUUUCGGUGCUAUUUGUGUAAGCCUAGUUUUUGUUGUGGAGAAGCUAGGCACAGUGCUUCAGUUGACUAUAACUCUAUCAUCUGUGGCGAAUGGACCGUUGCUGGGUAUUUUUACUGCGGGCGUUAUGGUACCCUGGGUUGAGGGAAGGGGCGCUAUGGUUGGCGGUUUUACGAGUCUCCUUUUCAUGGCCUGGAUGUGCAUACGCGCACAGGCGGAUCUGGCUAGUGGCGCUGUAAGCUACCUGAGGAAACCACACACCAUUGUGGGGUGCAAUUAUACGUUUAUAGAUUUUGCUUCGAUGAGUAUGGUAGCUGAGAAUAUUACGGAGUCCACAACGCCAGUGCAUAUGAACGACGACACCUUUCACAUCUACAACAUCUCCUACCUCUUCUACACAAUGUUCGGCUCGCUGAUAACAAUCGUCGUCGCCUUGAUCACCAGCCUUGCACUGGGUCCCAAUAAGAUAGAAAAUAUGGACACAAAACUACUUUCGCCCUGUGUGCGCCGUUGGGUCGACCGUUAUGCGGCGAGACGAGCGCUAGCGGCGAAUACACAGCUACAAACAAAAACUGCAAAAGCAUUGGAGGUGAAUUCUACCAAUUUAACAACGCUGGUGGAGACGCCAACAUAAAGUAAAGAGUGGACCAAAAAACUGUUUCCUGGUCAAAUUUUUAUUUAUUAAAAGCUUUAAGCCACCUAGUAAAGAGUACAUAUUUGAACAUGAGAAAGUUAUCUAUGCAUAAAAGUAGACUUUGCCAAAACUGCUUUCGUUCGAGCACCACCUGUUUUACUCUCGUUAGGACAGCUUUAAUGUAGUCUACUUUGUGCAUAAUUUUUUGUAUGACUUCUUGAAAAUUUUGCUCUUCAAAUGGUAGAGUAUGCUAAUGUAAAUAUCGCGCAUUAGAAGUGAAAAUAGUAUUAGUAGAGUUUAUAUAUAUGUAUGUAGUAUAACAAAAUAACUAGUAAUAAGUGAAGAUAAAAAAGGUAAAAAAAU